AUUAUAUAGAGAAGGCAAAACAUAGCCCAGCUAGUAUCUAAUAAUAUGGAGUCUGGAGAAGGACUACUACUGGAUCCGGUGAGCCCUGGUGGUCAAUUCUUCAACAGCACUGUCUUAUCUCUUGCAAUUAUAUCCGUUUUGGAAUCACAAGUUCCAAUCAACGAUUCUCAAACUUUUUCACUUCACAAAAAUGUGUUCCUCCCGAUCAAUCCACGCUUCUCUUUCCAUCAUGGUGAAAAAGUUUGAAUGUCAUUAAUCCACGCUAUGGCCUGCUUUGUGGGAAUGUUUCUGAUGCUAUCUUCGUUAUAUACUCAUCAAAGUAGGUAUCGCAUGGUAUCUCUCUCUCUCUCUAGGGAAACCAAGUAAUUCCCUCUUGCAUAUAUGUCGACAUAAUUACUUAUUAAUUACUUAGUAACGCAGGUUGAAGGUGCAGAUGAAAAGAAUCAGUGGAAGAGGGUUCAAGUGAAGCUGGAAGACCAUGUGUAUGUCCCCAUUUUCCCCUCUAGAAUGUCAUUUGAAUCAUACGAUACUUACUUUGAUGAGUAUAUAUAUAACGAAGAUAGCAUCAGAAACAUUCCCACAAAGCAGGCCAUUGUGGGAACUGGGAACUUCAUCUUUUCAAGUACCCAACAAGUCAUGCAGCUGGACAAAUAAUAUUCAAGAUCCACCAUGCCCUUGGCGAUGGCUACUCUCUUAUGGGCGCUCAUCUCUCUUGUCUCCAAAAUGCUCACAAUCCUUCUCUUCCCCUGACAUUUCCUUCACUAAAGGGUGCAAAGAAUGAAACUAGUAGUCUGUCUCGUGUGUUUGAGUUUGUGCCUAAGAUACUUUCUGUCGUUAUCAACGUUGCAUGGGAUUUCAGUUGGAGCAUUUUGAAGGGCACUUGGGUUGAAGAUGAUCGAACACCAACAAGGUCCGGCGUUGUUGGAGUUGAGUUUCGGCCUGUGUCCAUGUCGACCUUGAUGCUGUCUAUUGAAGAAAUCAAAAUUAUUAAGAACAAGCUUGGGGUGACGAUAAAUGAUGUUAUUGAGGGAAUAACCUUUCUGGGCACCCGAAUGUACAUGCAACGGAUGAAUAGUGAAAAAUCAAGUAGCCAGAAUUGCACGGCACUCGUGUUGCUAAAUACUAGACUUGCUGCGGGUUACAAGUCGCUGCAGGAGAUGUUGAUGGAACCAAGCGUCUUCUUGGGGCAACCGAUUUGUGUUCUUGCAUGUCUCGGUGCCCAAGUCGAGUGAAGUUUCCAAGCCAUAGGAUUUUGUAUGGGAAGCACAGAAGAUAGUCAAGAGACAUAGAAGCUCUUCAGCUUGGUACCUUACUAUUAGUCUCUGGGAUAUUUUGAAGAAAUUUAGAGGCUCUGAGGUAAAUAAUUAUUAAGUAUUAACAAGGACAUUACUUCGCUAACCAGCCAUGGUUAGCUAGUGCUGACCACAACCAUUAACAGAUCGACACGUGUCCAUUCAAAUUUUUUUUAAUGCUAUUGAAAUACCCAAUGGAGAAGAAGAGUUCCGGUAAUGUCAAAAAUCUUCUCCAAAUAUUCGAACGCGUAAAAAUCUUCUUCAAAUAUCCCUUUUCCUUCCAAACUGUAAACCCUUCUGCAAUAUUAUUCAACUGCAAACCCGAUCGAUUCAUAUGAUAUUCUUAUUACUUUUCAUAGAAAUGUGUAUUUUGAAACUUAUGCCUAGAGUAGUUGCUCAAGAAUAUAAAGUUGUAAAAUUUAGCAGAUUGUAUAAGCACUACCAGUGCUAGUUCUGCAAAUUGUUGUUGUACUUGGUUAAUCUCAAUGUCCUGCUUUGUUUAUUUUGACAGAUUUUCAUUGUUAUUCCUAAUCUUGCUACCCAUAUAUAUGCCUAUAUGGCCGUUGGUGUGUGUCCGACCUUCAUGUUUCUGAAAGAAGGGAAGAUUGUGGACAUAGUGGUGGGAGCAAAGAAAGAAGGAAGAAAAGUAACUGAAAUCUAGCACCUUCAUCUUGCUACCCAUAUGGCCGCUGCUUCUUGCUCCAUCUUCAUCGGGUUCAGAGUUAAAUCGUACCGUAAACCGAACAAAAGUAAUUGAAGUCUAGUACCCAUCGUCGAAUUCCUAUGGGUACUGAAGAAAUCCAGUACUCAUAUUCGAAAUCAAUACCCAUCGCUUCAAAUCCCUAUGAAUUUUACUGAAGAAUGCAGAAGGUAACCCAAUUUGGAAGAGAAAGGGAUUUCUGGAUUUGAAUGUGUUGGACGUUGGAGCUCUUCUUGUCUGGUAUUUCAAUAGCAUUAAAUAUAUUUUUUUCUUGAAGGGACACGUGUCAAUGUGUUAGUGGUUGUGGUCAGCACUUGCUAACCAGGGCUGGUUAGCGAAGUAAUGUCCUAUUAACAAUGCAAUCAUAACUUUUUAGCUAUGUUCAUUCGUCCAUGUCUCAUUAGCUAACUUUCUUUUUGUACCCUAAAAAAGAGUGGUAAAUUUUUUGACUAUAA